CACAGCAGGUCGGGCAGUGAGUCCCUCCUUCUCCCAGGCCAGCAGCCUGAUGCGGUUGCUGGCCUCAGAUGGAGGCCGUGCCUGAGAUGUUCUGCAACGUCUCUAUUCCCCCAGAUAAGCCUCUUCAGUCCAAGUUGUGGGCGUGCAGGCUGCUGUGCUGCGAACAGGAACCUGGACUCCAGGCCUGAAGAUGGCAGGAAACUGCUCCUGGGAGGCCCAUCCCACCAACAGGAACAAGAUGUGUCCCGGCGUGAGUGAGGCCCCAGAGCUGUACAGCCGCGGCUUCCUGACCAUAGAGCAGAUCACCAUGCUGCCGCCCCCUGCCGUCAUGAAUUACAUCUUCCUGCUCCUCUGCCUGUGUGGCCUGGUGGGCAACGGGCUGGUCCUCUGGUUUUUCGGCUUCUCCAUCAAGAGGAACCCCUUCUCCAUCUACUUCCUGCACUUGGCCAGCGCCGACGUCGGCUACCUCUUUAGCAAGGCCGUGUUCUCCAUCCUCAACACGGGGGGCUUUGUGGGCACGUUCGCCGACUAUGUCCGCAGCGUGUCCCAGAUCGUGGGGCUCUGCACAUUUGUCGCUGGCGUGAGCCUCCUGCCAGCCAUCAGCACGGAGCGCUGUGUGUCGGUCAUCUUUCCCGCCUGGUACUGGCACCGGCGGCCCAAGCGCCUGUCGGCUGUGGUGUGUGCCCUGCUCUGGAUCCUGUCGCUCCUGGUCACCAGCAUACACAGCUACUUCUGUGGGUCCCUGGGCCACGAGGCCUCCGGCGUGGCCUGCAGGCACAUGGACAUCUUCCUGGGCAUCCUGCUCUUCCUCCUCUUCUGCCCACUCAUGGUGCUGCCCUGCCUGGCCCUCAUCCUGCACGUGGAGUGCCGGGCCCGGCGGCGCCAGCGGUCUGCCAAGCUCAACCACGUCAUCCUGGCCAUGGUCUCGGUUUUCCUCGUGUCCUCCAUCUACUUAGGGAUCGACUGGUUCCUCUUCUGGGUCUUCCAGAUCCCAGCCCCCUUCCCUGAGUACGUCACCGACCUGUGCAUCUGCAUCAACAGCAGUGCCAAGCCCGUCAUCUACUUCCUGGCUGGCAGGGACAAGUCACAGCGGCUGUGGGAGCCUCUCAGGGUGGUCUUCCAGCGUGCCCUGCGGGACGGCGCCGAGCUGGGGGAGGCCGGGGGCGGCACGCCCAACACGGUCACCAUGGAGAUGCAGUGCCCCUCUGGGAAUGCAUCCUGAGAGGCCAGCGCCCGGGGGAAGCAGGGGCAUGGGCGGCCAGUGGCCUCCGGAGACCCCCUACCUUGGGAGAGGAAUGAGGCAGCUGCCUCGGUGCCCACAUGGGAGGGGACAGGUCUGUUUCUAGCCUCCCCAUCCCGUGCCUCCUUCUCCCUGGGCUGGAGGCUCCGGGGGCGGCUGAGAGACUGAGCAGCAACCCUGUGGCCGCUGCCCAUGUCCCCCUGCCACUCUCUUCCUUUAGUGACCCAUUGUACAGAGUUGACCCCAAGUGGUGGGGCCCCUCCUCGCCCAGGCUGGUCAGGAAAGGAGAGGAGGGGGUCACCCAGACCUUCCACCUUCUGCCCCUCUAGUCGCCCCACCCGUGAAAGUGACCUAGCCAGCACCGUCCCCCACCAGCCAGCAGUGCCCCCCACCACCAUUAGAGGACUGUUCUCGACCUUCCAUCCUCUCAAGGCAAAUCAGUGAGCUAACCCGGAGGACACGGUGCUGCUGGAAGAGGGUCUGAUUAACAUGUCUUGUAGCUAAGUCUUCCUGCACCCUUGAUGAACCGCUUGGUGACUUUAAUGGGGAGUUUCUGGUCAUGGUGAGCUGCUUGUGACAGGGAGGAGCUUCAGCCACCUUAGGUAGGUGACUGCCUUUCCUGACUCCAGGACAGUCUAGGACAGCCUCCCAGGGCACUUGAUGUGUCCUCAAGGCCACUGUGGACCAUGUGGGCAGCUCCUGGACAAAGUGUCUUGACUCUAACCCCCACCUGAAAGUGGGCACUAGCUUUAUGCUGGCCACCCAGGACUGGCACCGUGGUGCCCACCUAACAGCAUUGUGGCCCAGUAUAGCCAAAGGAAGUUUUAUAAAAGACAAUAAAAUGUAUAUCAAUAAAAUUUUAUAUUCUGCAGUGAGGAA